GGCAAAGUGUCGAACUGGGGACAGAAGUGAAAAGGAAGUACUUUUAAAAAAAAAAAAUGGAAAUCUAACAAGUAUCUUGUUAUAGGUGAUACAUUUGAGUGUGUACAGGCCGACAGCGGGAGCAGCCAGCCAUGCCCGCCCAACCUCCUGUGAGGGAGCCAGAGGAGGAGAUGGAGGCGGAAGGAGAGUCUCAACUCCCUGAGGCCAACGGAGUGGAGGAGCCCAGAGAGAAUGAAGGAGAAAGAAGAAGAGGAGGCGGAGGAGAGGAGACCAUGGAGGAGAGUAUGGAGGAAAGGGAGAGUGAUGAGGAGGAGAGUGAUGAGGAGGAGGAAGAAGAAGAGGAGGAGGAAGAGGAGAGUUCAGAGAUGGAUGAUGAGGACUGUGAGCGGAGGAGAGGAGAGUGUCUGGAUGAGAUGUUGGAUCUGGAAAAACAAUUUCAGGAGCUGAAAGAGAAGUUGUUUCGAGAGCGACUGAACCAGAUGAAAGUGAAGCUGGAUGAGGUGCUGACAGGAAAAGCUGGAGAAUACAGAGAACCUCUGGCUGCACUACAGAACAGCAUGCAGAUACGAACACAAGUGGCUGGAGUGUACAAGGAGCUUUGUCUGCAGGUCAUCCAGCACAAGUACGAUUGUGAAAUACAAGGAGCGAAGCAACACCUGGAGAGUGAGCGGACGUUGCUGCUGGAUGCCAUGAGGUCAGAACUGCUGGAGAAGAUAAGAAGACUGGAGGAGGACAGACAGAAUAUAGACCUAACCUCAGAGUGGAGCGAUGAGUUUAGGGGCAAGAAGUGUAAAAGAAAGAACCUGCUGGGUCGGUCGGACAGGAAAAAGAAAGUAGCUUUGGUCUCAGGGCCUUUCAUCGUCUACAUGCUGAGAGACAUCGACAUUCUUGAAGACUGGACUGCUAUCAAGAAGGCAAAAGCAGCAUUGUCACCACUAAAAAAGAAAGUUGAAAAGCGGUGAUAUCAGGAGCGUCUUGUUGAAGACUCGUGGCUAAAAAAACCAAACACACACAAACACACACAUUCCCAGCCGCUGUUUGACCAACCACCCUACUGCUUGUUUGUUAUCUAUUGCUAUUUAAAAAAAGUUCUUAAUAUGAAAACCAUGUAUUUAUAGAAUGAUUUAUAACGGUAAUUAAAAUUUUAA